GCGGUAUCUUGAGGCAGAUUUUUCUCUACGUGUUGUUUCCCGAUUUGAAACUGUCAGGAAGCUCUUCCUGGUUUAAACAGAAAACAAAUGUAGCUGUGCUCAAACACGGAGACCACCCCGACUGUGAAGGACCGAAGGUUUUGUCUUAUCUCUGCGUUAAAUGGCGGAAGUGAGCCAAACCCUUGCUAGUGUUAUCCCUAAUGUUGAGGGGGAAGGCAAGUUCAAGAAGAGCGGUGAUGUUGCUUUUUAUAGGCGGCAGAUCCAGGGUCCAAACAUGCAGCAUCAGGCUCUUUUGGACACCAUGGUGCUCACAGAGAAGGGGGCAUGUUUUGAAUUGCUGGAAGGAGACUCGCAGACCAGGCUGCUUCUUUCUUUGUCCCCGUCCAAACACGGCAUUGUAAGGAUAACAAUAGAUGAAUUCCAGCCUAUUAAGGCACGCUAUCGAGUUCCAGAUGUGUUAUCUGGGGAACCACAAUGUGAACAAUUAAGAGUGGAGAAACAGACUAAGGACUCAGUCACGUUUUCUUGGUCUUUCGGACGUUAUCAGCUCCGUGUGUGGCAUUCUCCUUUCCGACUGGAGAUCCUGUGUGAGCAGGAAGUGAUGGUCACAUUCAACUCUAAGGACAAACUGUGGUUCGAGAGACUGCAGCAUCGACCCAGCGAGCUUCAAGACGAGCGGAAAAGUUCAUUAUGGAAGGAGACAUUCAAGCAGUUUGUGGAUAUCAAGGCUAAUGGUCCCAGCAGCAUUGGAGCAGACCUCUGUCUUCAUGGGUUCAGGCAUGUGUAUGGUCUACCCCAACACGCAGACAACUUGCAGCUCAGAGACACGAGAGAUGGUGAGCCUUACCGGCUGUACAACUUGGAUGUUUUUGCCUAUCCACUGUACAGUCGUCUCGGACUGUAUGGAUCUGUGCCAUUGAUGGUGGCCCACAAGCCAGACAGGACUCUGGGUGUAUUUUGGCUGAAUGCAUCUGAGACUUUUAUAAACAUUCAGUACUCCCCCUCUGACCAUCAGGAUGAUGAAACCCCUCCAGUUAAACGGAGGCGGGCUGAUCCUCAGACCGAUGUCCACUGGCUGUCAGAAAGUGGUAUGAUUGACUGCAUGGUUUUGCUUGGGCCCAGUCCACAGCAACUUUUCGCCCAGUAUGCUCAGCUGACAGGAUAUCAAGCCCUGCCCCCUCUGUUUGCCCUCGGGUACCACCAGUGCCGCUGGAACUACAUUGAUGAAGCUGACGUGAAGUCUGUGGAUGCUGGAUUUGAUCGCCACAGUAUUCCUUACGAUGUCAUCUGGCUGGACAUUGAGCACACAGAUGGGAAGCGGUACUUUACCUGGGAUCCUGUUCAUUUCCCUGAACCAGCCAAGCUGCAGCAGCACCUGGAGAAGAAAAACAGGAAGCUGGUCAUUAUAAGUGAUCCACACAUUAAGGUUGAUCCUUCUUGGUCCCUCUACUGUGAGGCCAGAGACAGAGGGCAUUUUGUCAAGGACAGAGAGGGACAGAUCUUUAAGGGCUCAUGCUGGCCAGGUGAAUCCUCCUACCUUGAUUUCAGCAGUUCAGCUACUCGAGCAUGGUACUCCAGAUGCUUCGGCUUGGAUAAAUACAAAGGAUCGACACCUUCGUUGUUUGUGUGGAACGAUAUGAACGAACCAUCUGUGUUCAGCGGCCCAGAGCUGACGAUGCCGAAGGAUGCAGUGCAUUGUGGGGACUGGGAACACAGAGAUUUACACAACCUGUAUGGUUUUUACCAGCACAUGGCGACAGUGGAGGGUCUAAUCACUCGUUCGGGUGGCUUAGAGAGACCGUUCGUCCUCUCGCGCUCUUUCUUUGCAGGGUCACAGAGACUUGGAGCAGUGUGGACUGGUGAUAAUGUUGCCAACUGGGAGUAUCUGAAGAUCUCAGUUCCAAUGGUGUUGUCCCUGAGUCUGGCAGGCAUAGCGUUUUGUGGAGCUGAUGUUGGUGGGUUCAUCCAGGAUCCAGAGCCAGAGUUGCUGGUGCGCUGGUACCAGGCGGCUGCCCUGCAGCCAUUUUUCCGCGGUCACUCUGCAAAUGUGACAAACCGUCGGGAACCCUGGCUUUUUGGGGACGAGGUGACUGCAGCAAUCCGCACUGUAAUCCAACAAAGGUACAGUCUGCUGCCCUAUUGGUACACACUGUUUCACCAGGCUCACACGUCUGCGUUGCCUCCACUCAGACCUCUGUGGGUGGAGUUCCCAGAAGAAGAGAGCACCUUCAGUGUGGACAGCCAUUACAUGCUUGGAGGAGCACUGCUGGCCUGUCCUGUAACUGAACCAGGCAUCCAAGAAAUCAAAGUCUUACUUCCUGGAUCUGACGAGAUUUGGUAUGACAUCCAUUCUGCACUGGUAUACAAAGGAGGCAGGACUCUAAGUCUUCCUGUCACCCUGGACACGGUUCCAGUAUUCCAGCGCGGUGGCUCGGUAGUUUGCAGAUCAGUAGGAAGUUGCUCCUGCACUGCUGAGCUUCGGCAGCUCCCCCUCUCUGUUACUGUGGCUUUAAACUCUCAGGGCACUGCUGAUGGUGAGUUGUACCUGGAUGACGGCCACUCGUUCAGAUACCGUGACAGAAAGGCCUUCUGUCUGCGCAGGUUCAGCAUGCUGUCAGGCCGUCUGCUCUGCCGUCCUGCCAGUGAAGAAGGAACGUUUGACUGUAAUACAGUCAUACAGUCGGUCACCAUCCUGGGGGUCAAGAGCAAACCGUCCGCAGUGAUUGUGCAUGCAUCAGGUGCUAAGGACAUUUCAGCUGCAUUUCAGUACAUGGAAACCUGCUGCAAGCUGACUGUGAACAGUGUAAACCUCAGAGUGGCGAUGGAUUGGGAAAUACAGAUAUGAUGAUUGUGGACAUGUCAGUGAUUGAGUUUCUUCAUCUGGAUUUCUUCAUCCUAUCAAGAAAAGAUCCAGUUAAAUUACCCACUUCAAUAACGGUCAACUACAGAACUAGUCUGAAUACAUUUGAUUGAAAAAUAAAUUGAUAAUUGUUUGAUGGUGUGGACACUGAUGGCAUUCAGAUCUUAUGCUCAUUUCUGUGCUCUAAACAAAAUCUUCACAAAAUUUUAAUCACUUUAUAAAAUAAUAUCCAUAAAUCUUUGGACACUGAGAUAAAUCCAGUUUUUUUCUGUGUACCAUAACCUAUUGAAAUUGUGGUCAUGUGAUAAAUAUGGACUCAAAGUGUAUGCUCUACUGAAAUUUGUGCAGUUAUUUACAUAGAUUGCAUUAACUACUAAAGAAUCACAGCCAUUUGUAUAAACAGUCUCCUGUUUUCGGUGGUUCAAAUGCAAUUAGAAAUAAAAAUAAUUAUAAAUUAAAAAAUUAAAUACUUGGAAAUAUUGGAGAUAUCCACUGAAUAGAUGCUUUUCUAAGAAGAAGAAUAUAGUUAUUUUUUAAUCAUCGUAUGUACAUUUUUAAAUUCUUGUUACAAUGUGUAGUUUAUACACCAUUUCUUUAGAGGUUAAUUCUUAUCAACUACAGCCUAAGUGCCUUAUCUCCUUAAUUUAGCUGAACCACAAUAGAAGAAUCAGUGGCGAUCAUGGAUAUAUAUAAACAUCAGUGUUUAGUCCCGAAUCCUCUUAGCCCCCAAAUCCAAAAGAUUUGCCAGCAACAAAACAGUAACGGGGAAAAACAUUUCCCGAACAGUCAGGAUGUCAGAAGAACCCUGACGUUAGGUGACUAUCUAAAACUAUUUCUGUAUUUAACUUCAUUCAUGCUACUUUCCUAUGAUUACAUGUUGGCACAUGGUUUUCUUUGAGUACUGUACUUUAUCUUGACACUGCCUUGUCCCUGUAGCUUUGCUGACUGAAUCCUGGUCUGAGAGGACAAAUAUUUUAAAAAAAAUGCAAUCUUUUAUUUUUAUUGAAUGUUU